UCGAUGUCCGAUGGGUAUCUGCAACGCCCCCGCGACCUUUCAGCGAGCCAUGAAUAUGGCUUUUAAUAAUUUCGUGCGGAAGACUCGUUUGGCGCAGAGUAUCAUCAACUACUGCGUGAUUGUAUACAUGAAUGACAUUCUGGUGUACUUGAGUUCCUACGAGGGACACGUACAGCACAUCAAGUGGGCUCUGCAUGCAUUACGAGAUGCGGGUUUCAAGGUGGCGCUUGAGAAGUGUCAGUUUUUUCUUACCACCAUUUCCUUCCUGGGACACGUGGUAACAGACAAAGGGCUCCAACCAGAGCCCCAGAAGGUGGCAGCUGUCAGAGAUGCGUCGGUGCCUACGACUAUCACGCAAGUUCGCGCCUUUUGGGGCCUGGCCUCGUACUACCGAGGAUUUAUCAAGGGAUUCGCGACGAUCGCGGGACCCCUCACGAAUCUGCUGCGGAAAGAUCAGUCGUUGAUCUGGACGCCGGAGUGUGAUCAAGCGUUCUCGAAACUUAAGGCCGCUCUCAUUUCGACUUCGGUCCUUAUAAGACCGGAUCCCGAAAAGCCUUUUGUUCUCAUCACUGACUGGCAGCCAGAGGCAAUUUCAGCUAUCCUUGCCCAAGUGGGACCAAGUGGACUCGAGAGCGUGGUGGAGUAUGCGUCUAAAUCGGUGCCCGCCUGCAAGCGCAACUACACCGCCCCGACGGGAGAAUGCUACGCGGUUGUUUGGGGAAUCAGUCACUUUUGCGCUUACCUGUACGGACGGAAGUUUACCUUGGUAACCGAUCAUGAGCCCCUGUUGGCUCUGAAGAAGUCGAAGGAUUACUCUGGCAUGAUCGGGCGGUGGGCAACGGUGCUGCAGAGCAUGGACUUUGACAUCCGCGAUCUUCUCGGCUUUCUCUUUGGAUCGGUACGGCCGGGCCGCCGCCAGUUGAUUGCGCAGGAGCUCAUCGCGCCGAUCGUGCAAUUGGCGGACGACCUCUCGCCCGACAUCUAUUCGCAAAGCGACGACAACCCUGCUCCGUACAUUCUCGAGCGAUCAUUGGAUCCGUACCUUCAGUGGACUGCGUGCUUAGAGGAGCCCAGAGACGAARAUACUCUACCAUCACGGCAGGAGUAUCURAAGCCGUACGACAUCAUCCCUCACGCCUUCUAUCCGAAGGCGGAGGAAGUGGUGAUUGACGACGACGACGAAGAAGACGAUGACGAGAAAACGUCGGAGGAGGGAAGCUAUAGCRAGUAUAGCGAGGGCGAGCUGAGUGAAGGAGAAGAAGAGGAGGGAGAAAAAACCGGAUCUGAGUGGGAAGCCUUGCCGGAGGAAGCGGYGCGCAUGGGCACGGAGGCGGAAGAUCCGGAGGCAGCGUGAAGGCGCGAAGAAAUUGCCACCGGGAAACGCCACCUGGAGUUCGCCAGUGGAGCCAGCUUGCGCAUCCGUAACGAUC